AGGCUGUUAGGUUGGUAACUGCUUUUAGAUUUCUCUCUGCCUGUAACCUAACCUAACCUAUAACCAAUAAGUUAAAGUAAGACAAGUAUAUUUUUUCUCAUUCUAACUUAUUGCACCAGUGCAGUAAUUCAGCUAAAAAGAACAGACAUUACUUUACGUAGUUGCACGUGGAAGUGUAUCGUAUUAGUUUGUUUGUUUGAAAGAAACAUGAAAACGAGGAAAGAAGACGCAAUGACUAAGGAAUCGGUUUUAAGAAAAGUUGUCAAGAGCAAACAGAGAAUAUCCAAAUCAAAACCAAGCGUUAGUCUCGAGAAAGCCGUAAAAGAUGCCAAAGAAAUGUUCAAGAAAAAGAGAGCAGAAGCUAAAGCAGCCAAGAAUAAGGAGGCAAAAUUAACAAAACGAAAGACGAGGUUUGCAAAACCUAACCAAUUCAAGGAACGGAAAUUGAGAGACAGAGGAAUAGUUUAUGUAGGGCAUAUACCUCAUGGUUUUUAUGAGGAGCAAAUGAAAGACUAUUUCAAACAGUUUGGGCAUGUAAUACGAGUACGAGUAGCAAGAUCAAAACGAACGGGCAAAAGUUGCGGUUACGGCUAUGUUGAAUUUCUUCAUUCACAAGUCGCUAAAAUUGCAGCAGACACUAUGAACAAUUAUCUCAUGUGUGGUCGUUUAUUAAAAGCUACAUACAUUCCACCAGAGAAGCAGCAUUCUGGAUUCUUCUCAGGUAAAGAUUGGUCAGAAGAUGAGUAUCCUAGACUUAAAAACAGAAAAAAGACAACACAAAAUAGAAACUCUACUCAGAGUGCUGAAGAUUAUGAGAAAUUCGUUAAAAGAUCGCUCGAUAAACUUUCUACAUUAGAAAAAAAAUUACAAGACAAGGGAAUUAGCAUGAAAUUUCAACCAGUUGAUGUACCACAAACAUUAAAAGCUGCAACUUAAUUUUACUAUAAUCUAAAGUACUUUAUAAUUGAUUAUUUGUAUUAAAUAAACAAUAGGAAUUUAUGUGAUAUGAGAUUUUACAAUAUCUGUAACAUCGUUAUAAUAACGUUAUAAUAAUAUUGUGUGAAGUUUCUGUGAAUUAUCUAUAUCUAUAUAAAUUAUGUACAAUUAAAUCUGAAUCUACUGAUUAACACUUUCAAGAAAUAUAUGUCACGAUGCAACAGU